GAUAAGACAGUUUAAACACGUGUUAUAAAUAUAUGAAUAUAUAUCAAAUAAUCUUAUAAAAAAAAUUGUCAAAACGGUACAAAGUUAUAAGGUAACAUAGUAUCUGUACUAAAACACAAGCAGUAUGAAGACAGUUCUCCAGUUCUUUUUAGGAAUACUUUUAAUUAAUAAUAGUAUUUUAUCCAUAACCUUAGAUGGAUCAUGGACAGGUAAAAUUAUACCCAACAACAAAGGAGAUGAAAUUACAUUUCCUGCAACUGUGCCAGGUGGAAUAUAUACUGAUUUAAAUAAAGAAAAUAUUAUACCAAAUAAUUUUAUUGGAGAUAAUGACAUAAAAAAUCGUUGGGUUGGUAAUCAAUCAGUUACCUACAACAAAAGCUUUCAUGUUAAUGAGGCUUUCCUAAAUGCUUCUAAAGUAGUACUCAUUUUUCAUGGGGUAGAUACAUUUGCCACAGUCUUUUUAAAUAAUCAGAAAAUUGGAGAAACAUCAAAUAUGUUUUUACAAUACACAUUUGAUGUUACUCAUUAUUUAAAAAAAGGAGAAAAUAUGCUUCAAGUCUCCUUUUCUUCUGCUGUUAAAACAGCACAAUCUUUGUACAAUGAACAAGCAUCAAAAUAUAUUGUUCCUCCAAUAUGUGUACCAGAUAGUUACAAUGGUGAAUGUCAUGUGAAUCACAUAAGAAAAAUGCAAGCAAGUUUUUCUUGGGAUUGGGGUCCAGCUUUUCCAUCAAUGGGCAUAUGGAAGAGUGUAGAAAUAAUUCCCAUAAAUGAGAUUCAUAUUACUGAUGUUACAACAGAUAUUUAUAAAGAGGACACCUUUUGGAAUAUUGCAAUAACAGUAUUUCUUGAUAGUACUUCACAAAGAAAUAAGCAACUUAUUCCUUGUCAUGUCUCAUCAGUUCUUUAUGUCAAUGAACAAUUAAACAUUUAUAAUUCUACAAAUUUUGAUAUAAGUAUGAGCAAUGAACAUGUUGAAGCAACUGUUCUUCUUAAAGUUCCUACAGAAGUUGUAGAUAAUUGGUGGCCAAAUGGUUAUGGCAAUCAAACACUUUAUUCAUUAACUGUAACAGCAAGUACAUCUACUGAUACAAAAAAGAAAACAGUACAAAUUGGUUUCAGAACGGUAGAACUUAUACAGAAACCUCUUAAGAAGGGAUUGAGCUUUUAUUUCCAAAUAAAUGGUGUACCAAUAUUUGCAAAGGGUAGUAAUUUCAUUCCAGCUAGUGUUUUUCCUGAACUAAGUGCUGAACCAGAAACAAUUGAACAUUUAUUAGCAUCUGCUAAACAAGCAAAUAUGAAUAUGCUUAGGGUGUGGGGUGGUGGUCUCUAUGAAUCCGAAUUAUUCUACAAUCUUGCUGAUAGAUAUGGAAUCAUGAUCUGGCAAGAUUUUAUGUUUGCAUGUGGAAUGUAUCCUACUACAUCAGAGUUCCUUGAUUCAGUUAAGGAAGAAGUAAUACAAAAUGUACGAAGAUUAAAAGUUCAUCCUAGUAUCGUUCUCUGGGCUGGAAACAACGAAAACGAGGCAGCUUUAUAUGGAGAUUGGUAUGGAACCGGAACUAAAUCAAUAUAUAAAACUGAUUACAUUAAGCUUUAUGUAAAUGUGAUAAAAGAGAUAGUAAAUCAAUUGGAUUCUACAAGACCAUUUUUAGUAUCUAGUCCUAGUAAUGGAUUGUAUACAGAACAAUAUAAUUAUAUUGGAAAAGAUCCAUAUUCAAUGUUUUAUGGAGAUGUUCAUUACUAUAAUUAUAUUAAUAAUGGAUGGGACGUGCACCAAUAUCCUCGUCCAAGAUUUUCAUCUGAAUAUGGAUUUCAGUCAUUGCCAUCAAUUUUCACUAUGCUAUCAGUUACAGAAAAAGCUGAUGAUUUAAAUGUAGAUAGUAAAUUUGUGAGACAUCGUCAGCACUUGGCAUCAGGAAUGUCAUAUUUGAAGACUCUUAUUUCACAGAAUUUUAAAAUACCUGAAACUCAAAAUAAAGUACAAGGUUUUGUAAACUAUAUAUAUUUAAGUCAAAUCAAUCAGGCAGUUUCUGUAAAAAUACAAACAGAAUACUAUCGACAAUCAAAGACAGAAUUAAAUGAAAUUGGUGAAGGUAUGACAAUGGGUGCUUUAUAUUGGCAAUUAAAUGAUGUUUGGCAAGCUCCAUCUUGGUCUUCUAUAGACUUUAAUGGACGAUGGAAAAUGCUUCAUUACUAUGCUGUAGAUUUUUUUGCGCCUAUUAUAGUCACCUAUUAUGUUACAAAUACUGAUAUUACACUUUACAUUGUUUCUGAUAAAUUACAUCCAAUAACAAAUACUAUUUUGGAAGUGAAUCUUUAUACAUUGAAAAAUAUGAAACCCAUACAAUCAUACGUUUAUGAUAAUAUAACUGUAGAAGCAAAUGCAGUGACAAAGGUUCAAGAUAGUUUACUGAAACAUUCAUGGAUAUUAAACUCUACAUUACCUAAUGCAUGUCAGGUUGACAUUAAAGCUGAAAGCAAUUGUAUUAUGACACUUACUUUAAAGAACAAAACUGGAUCACAAAUAGCACCAAGAAAUUACAUAUAUCCAAAUGGUGUUUUCAAAACUAAUGCAUUGCCAAUAGCAAAUGUUACUGUCAAAAUAUUGGAUUAUCAUUUACCUGGCAAACAUCCGAAUUAUCCGGACAUCGAGUUGGAAUUAACUACAAACAAUAUAACACUUUUUAUAUGGCUAGAAACAACAAAUAUUUGUGGCCAUUUCUCCGAAAAUGGUUUUCAUAUGUUCGAGCAUAAUAAAAAAAUUGUUUUCCAUUCGUGUGAAGCAGUUACACCGAAAAUAUUCAAAGAAAAUUUAAGUGUUAUUACGCUUUCCGAUAUUUAUGAUAAUACAAAUAAAUAAACAUAAGUUGUAUUGUAAUUACUGUAAAAAAUUUUAACAUUUAUCGUGGCC